AUGGCAACAAUACAAACUCACCUCUCGAUAUUGGAAGCCAAGGCAGCAAGCCACGGUUCCCUACCUUUACUCAAGAUCCCAAAUGGUGACUUGCCGGACAAUGGCUGGAGGGAUGUUACUUUCGCCCAAUUUUUGAACGAUGUCGAAACCUAUGCUCGAUACUGGGUACAGGAAUUUUCGAAAGCAGGAUGGGAGAAACAGUCUAUCAUUGGCAUCUGGCUUAAAGGCACGUCAUAUCUGGAUCUUGUGAACAUUUGGGCAGUUUCUAGAGCAGGAUAUAUACCCCAGCUCAUUUCAAUUCGUAUGCCCAACCCAGAUGUGGUAUUCGAAAUGCUCAAGCAGGCUGGGGCUGCGGCACUGAUCGUUGACCCAAGUUUCGAGCCGCUUCUCACAGAAACUACAUUACCGAUCUUGUUCAGCGCGAGCUUGACAUCCUCAAGUGGUGACGGUCUGCCAAAGCUACCGCAACUGGACACACCCCCAGACCCUAACGACACAUUGAUGAUCUUCCACACAUCCGGCUCGACAUCCGGAAACCCUAAAUUAGUACCCGUAACUGCACGCUGGUUGGAUUUCGCAAUCGAGAAGAUGAGCCACUCGAAACUGUUAUCUUCGUCCGGAAAGCAACAGGUUGUUGUAUCUGGUGGGAGCUUUUGCCACAUGGCAAGCAAUCUUCUCAUGUGGGGAUACAUCUACCGAAGCGGAUGCAUCAUUGUUCCAACAGAGCUUCCGUACUCUUCUUCAGAGCUUAAACAGAUGGUGUCACAGUGUGGGCUGACAAAGUUGAACAUGUUCUCGGGGUUUCUUUCCAAAAUGCUCGCUGAGGCUCGUCAUGACGAAUCUGUUUUGGCUAUGCUGAAAGACUUCGAGUACGUGGUCUACAGCGGAUUGGUUCUUAAUGAAGAAGAUAGAGCUUGGGCACAAAAUCAAGGUCUUAAACUUGUCAAUGUGUUUGCAUCUACGGAGGUAGGCGUCAUGCUGCAGUCGGACGAACCAUCAGGGAACAUCCUGAAACCAGCCCCAGGAACAAUCUACGAAUUCAUCCCUCUCCCUGAUACUCUAUCCUUAGAGAAGCCCCUACUGGAAUUGGUGGUCUUCCCAGAAUCGAAAGAUUGCCCUCCAACCCAAUUACGCAGCCCUGUCACGGGAAAGUUUCACACGGGAGACUUGUUUACCGAAGAGGAUCCCGGGCUGUACACUUUUCAGGGCCGAAAUGACGCCUGGAUCAAGAUGGAGAAUGCUAUGCGAUGCAACACCGCAGAAAUAGAAGAGAAUGCAAUGCAAACAUGCGGUGCGGAUCUCAUCGACGUGGCAGCUGUUGUUGGUGCUGGUCGUCCAAGUCCAGUGUUAAUUGUUGAGCCAAAAGAGGGCAAAGCAAUAUCCGGUUCCGAAAGCAGCAUCAAUUCUCUAAGAAGUGAGAUUUUGCAAAGGAUCUUGCCUUUUCAAAGUCGAAGAUAUAUCCAUGAGCGUGUGGAUAAUAUAUCCUUGGUUUUGAUUGCGCCAAGAGGAAGUCUCCCCCGUACGGCAACGAAGGGCAAUAUUCGGAGGGCAGUUGUUGAACAGCAGUAUCAGACGGAAAUGGAUUCUAUAUUUUUGCUACCAAACUGA